AUGUCGUUAAACUCGAAUAAGUUUCCCACCAUUGCAUCUGCGGUCAAUCGAAAAGAUCCGCAAUUUGUCAGUAACACCGAAAAGUGGCAGCCAGUACUAUCCCGCUUCGAAGAUGCACUUUUGACGUCAGCUUCUCAAGGGCACGAUGCAGGUCAAGCUCGCCACUUGAAGCGUGGUCAGCUCCUGGCACGAGACCGGGUAUCACUACUUUUAGAUCCCGAAUCACCAUUCUUGGAGCUAUGCGCCGUAGCCGGAUUUGAUGACGAAGACUCAAGCCCUUCUGCAAGCAUUGUCAGUGGCAUUGGCUUGGUCAAUGGAGCUCUUGUUCUGAUAUUCGCUCACAUCCCUACUUUAUCGGGUGCGGCCUGGAACGAGCGCACAGUCCAGAAACAGAACAGAGUGACCAGGAUUGCGACCGAGAAUAAGCUGCCGAUCAUCGCUCUUGUGCAAUCUGCGGGUGUGUUCCUUCCACAACAGUUCAAGGUGUUCCAUGCUGGCGGUCAGAUCUUUCGAGAUCUUGCGAUGAGGACCAAAGAAGGCUGUCAGUCUUGCGCUGUAGUAUUUGGUUCUUCGACAGCAGGAGGAGCAUAUCACCCUGCUCUCUCUGAUUACACUAUCAUGGUGAAAGAUCAAGCACAGGUCUUUCUCGGUGGACCACCGUUAGUGAAGAUGGCAACUGGGGAAGUCACCGACGCAGAGACGUUAGGCGGUGCUGAGAUGCAUGCUUCCGUCACUGGUCUUGCAGACCAGCUAGCUACUGACGAAUUUGAUGCCAUACAAAAAGCGAGAAGAUGGGCUCUCACGCUCACGAAUACCAGUCGUGUAAGCCUCGUCUCGUCUCUGCCAGAGUCACUACCGGAGCCUCCGUUACAUGAUUCGGAGGACAUCUUGGGUAUCGUAAACCCUGAUAUCCGUAUGCCAAUGGAUAUGAUGGAGAUCCUCCUUCGCGUGGUGGACGGAUCGAGACUCGAGCUGUACAAACCAAAUUUCGGAAAGGCUUUGAUAACAGCCUGGGCACAUAUCCACGGGCAUCUCGUUGGUUGUAUCGCCAACAAGACUCCAGUCAUCCAGAUGGACGAAUCUGACAAGUCGACCGCUUUCAUCCAUCUCUGCAACCAAAACAACAUUCCCAUCAUCUUCUUCCACAAUGUGACUGGCUUCAUGGUCGGAACACGCACGGAAAAGGCCGGCUUGAUCAAGAAGGGUGCACGUCUGGUCUCUGCAGUCAGCACAAGCAGCGUUCCACACAUAAGCAUAAUCUGCGGCGCAUCGUACGGUGCUGGGAAUUACGCAAUGUGUGGUCGCGCCUACAGACCACGAUUCCUCUUCUCUUGGCCAAUGUCACGUUGUUCGGUCAUGGGCGCUGCACAGCUAUCUGGCGUUAUGGAAACAGUGCAGAGGGCGUCGGCAAAGUCGACAGGCAAGAUCCUGAAUGAAGGCAAGCUACAAGCAGAGGUCGCGAGUUUCAGAGAUGCGGUAGAGAGAGAUUCAGAGGCUUAUCGCACAUCGAGUCAUCUUCAUGAUGAUGGUAUCAUUGAUCCGAGAGAUACGAGAAAUGUGUUGGGCAUGUGUUUGGAGGUAGUGAAGCAAGUACCUGUAGAAGGUAGUUCUAGCUCGAAAGUGCUUGCAAGAAUUUAG